AGUCGCUGCCCACUUGCGGCUCCUCGCUGCUGGGCUUCUCCUUCCUGGUCCUGGUGCUGGUUUUGCACUAGCUUCCGGACCUUGAGAGAGACUAAGCAGUGAAACUGCAGGGACUGAAGCUGGAGGUACCUGAGGGACCUCUGUGUGAGGGACAGGCUCUAACCCUGCAGAAGUCUUUUGGCCUCUAGCCUGCUUCCCGUUCUUUUUUCUCCUGUCCCCCACUCACCCACCCACCCAACCCGUACUCUCUGUAGUCAGUAUCUCUCUGUCCUUAAUGAAAGGAAAUACGGCAAGAUGAGAUAUGCAAACGGGUGCUGGGUAACCAGAUGUGUGAACCCGGAAGGGUUGAAAACAUAGUGGUACCACAAAGCCUUCUGUAGCACACGCGGUUUGGUUCUGUCAUUACUUCAGUGCUGCCAGGCAAUAACAGGAAGCGCUUCCUUAGCGCUUUGUAAAACUCAUCUUUCUUUUCGUUGGCCAAAGGACUUUGAAUCAGAAAGCUGUUUUUGGAUUAGAGGGAGGAGCCUGUGAGCCACUGAGACAACCCCCACAGCAGUCAGGAGGUGGGGAUAAGGUCUUGGCUUUAACCAUCCUCUGUCUACAAGGCCUUAGCUUGAGGGUAAGAAAGCUAUCCUGCUUCCUUUAAACGCCUUCCUCAGUCAGUUCUUAAGUCCCUUUCAGUAUAGCCUUUAGGAGUGUAGGCUCUGGGCUGCAAUCUUGGUUCCUCCUAUUUGCUGUGCAACCCUGGCAAGUUACUUAACAUGCCUGGGAGAAAUACGGAGCAAUGUAUAUGAGAAAAACUGAGGUCAGAAAAACUGAUAGACCAUUUUAGAGGUGCAAGUAUCCUGAUGUUCAGUGAGGAAGACUUGGGCACACAGGAAAGUCUUUAUACAGUGGAGCAUCAGAGGUUAUGCAGUUGUUGACAAUGCACAGUUUGGUGGUGUGGAUGACCCCAGAGUUCAGAAGUUGCAACAGAGUUAUGAAUAAUAGUGAGUUCAAAUUUGCUUUACUACCAUAUUUGAAAAGCAGAGAUGAUCGUUUUCCAGCUAAUAAUAUAUUACUAUUACAUAGCAUUCCCUUACCAUUUCAUUUCCCUGUUCCUGUCUAUGGGAAUAUUCACGGAGGCUUCAUUAUAUAGGAACACUGAGCAUAGGCCAGGCAUUCCAGAUGGCAUAGCUACAAGCUGCAGAGAGCCACCCGAUCCACACCAGACUGCAAUGUAGGAAAAAGAUCGCAACUUCACUUACCAUAUUAUGGCCCACAUCCUCACCUGGACUCUGUGCUGCACAGGAGCAUUGCAAGUAAUCUACAUUUUAAGAAGGUCACUUGGCAGCAGCAUAUCAAGAGUGGAAUCCCCAGGAACAAGGGAGGAACUAAAGAAGUUGCUAAAGUGGCUUUCCAGGAGAAACAUGAUGGUGGCUUCAUCUAGGGUGGGUAGCAGAAGAGACCAGAAGAGUUGUAUUUUGACUGAUUUUUUGGACCACAGUUGCUGAUGGAACUGGAUUUGCUAUGAUGGAAGUGAGAAGAGCUUGGGAACACAACUAUGAUGGAAGUGAGAAGAGCUUGGGAACACAGAGGAAGGGACUUGCCUGGGGAUUAAAAAGACAGCUUUGGGAAACCUGCGGAAGAGUAAUUCCAACUGAUCUCACCCAUCAUCAAUUCAGCAAAUAUGUCUGGAACAAAGUGUCUCUUUUCAGAUCUCGCAGCACUCUGAUGAACUGAAGAAACACAUGUCCCCACUGCCCACCUCCCAUCAAGACACAACGGGACAUUGGACUGUGCUUUGGGACCCUUUUGAAUGGAACUGGAUGAAGAGAAUCCAAGAGCUGUUUUUAGGGACACGCUGGGACCUUUCAUGUCUCACUGCCAUUUCUUCGAGGGGCUCUCUCUACCUGGUCUGCUUGCUGAGCAACUUCUGGAACAGACAUGGAAGCUCUCAUGUCGUCAUGCUACGUUUGAGGCCCGUGGCUCAGCCAGCUGAUAACUGUUUGGUGUUGGAAAUAGGUAGAACAGCAGAGAAAUGGAAUCAUAAGCUGCUGAGAAGACCUGUGGCUAACAUUUAUGGGACAGAACAAGAGAUCAAAUGGAGGCUCCAGCUAUUUUUUGUCUCACUCCGACUCCGUCCUGUGCCUUGAGAGCUCCCCCAUGGUGGCAUCCUAAACUCCUCCCUGAGUGGGUAAGUUCAUGUCCAGUGAAAAGCUCAAUGGUUCUGGUUACUGGGAUCUAAAGGUGACACUAUUGCUGAUAAUUCAUCUGGUGUUUAGGUUAAGGGCUAACCAUGUGGCCUGCUUUGGAAACAUUUUCUGUUUUGGCGGGUGAGAGGAUGGGCUUAUAAAUUCGUUGGAAUCCUAAGUCACUGUUACCUAACAUGUGAGUCAUGGUCUCCUGGGUAGCUUUGGAGUUAUGACAGGGGUUGGCAAAUCUGAAUGGUUUGAUAGCAUUUUCCAUAGACCAUAAAUAUGUCAAACUCAUCAACAAACUUUUACAAAGGUACAUUGGGUUGAAUAAAAUGCGACUUCAUUUUAUAGUGUUUUAAUAUCAAUGAAGCUUUUUUAUUAUUAUGUACAUUUUAAAAUCAAUGAAUCCCAAAGGGUAGCUAUCAUUAUGUGGCUGGUUAUUUUAUUACUAUAUAUUUUUUUUAAUUCUAGAAAAUGGAUCAAUCUACAAAAAAAAAAACAUUGAGAAAAAUGAAUUUAGUAUUUAAAAGAAUUUUAAAGACUUUAACUAAUGCUCUCAGGGCUGAACAAAUGCAAUCUUGUGUUGUCAAUUAUACUUUUGGGAUGGGGAACCAGCCUAAAGGUUUUACUUGACAGAGGAAGAUUUUAUUUGAUUCCUCAGUGACUCAGGUCACAGAAUGUUAAAUGCUUCCGGGCUGCUUUUAGAGUGAGGUUUCAAUAGAGGGGUGGGUAAGAUGUGGGAAAAUAGGCCACAUAAUUUAGUUUUCAUUUGUGUCUAAUAAUUAAGAGAACAUAUGAAUCAUUUUCUACUCUAGUUAAAUCCGUUGCGUCCUCUGUUAUAUCCUAGAUCAAUGUAUUGGGCAGGGUUCUGAUGGGAAGCAGAUGUCACACUCGAAUUGACACUAAUUACAGAAGUGUGGACAGGAUUCAAGAAAAGCAAGAUGGUUUGGUGCCUCGGGCUAAGCCUAAAGGGGAAGAGGAAGGAUCAGUUCCUGGAAUCUGAGGAGACUGUGCUGUAGAGAAGGCCAUGUGGCAGGAGCUGUGGGCUUUAGGAGAGGAGUUCUGUGGGGGUGCAGGAGCCUGGGGAAGAAACACCCUGAGACCUCUCCCUUCUAACCUCUGCGUCUCCCUUUGGACACUUCCAUGACAAGAGGAGGGCAAGGGAGCCAGGACACAAAGUGAAGGGAGGAAGGAUGGAGUGACUCUGGAGGGACAAGUGGAAGAUACUCAGUACAACCAACACUACGUAACAUAUCAGGCAGAAUUUGAUCAAAAGAGGAUGCCCUGUGGACCCAGACAAACCUGAUUUCACAUCCUGGAUCUAUAAGUAUCAGGAGCUAGGCCAGUAUAAAGUGAGAAGACGCCCGGCGGCCCCGCCCGCCAGCUGCAGCCCCUACCUGGCACCUUGGUCACUCCACCCAGUGGAUCCCAGAGAGCCCCUAGCUCCAUUGCACCAUGUGUGGGAUUUGGGCCCUCUUUGGCAGUGAUGACUGCCUUUCUGUUCAGUGCCUGAGUGCUAUGAAGAUUGCACACAGGGGUCCAGAUGCAUUUCGCUUUGAGAAUGUCAAUGGAUACACCAACUGCUGCUUUGGAUUUCAUCGGUUGGCAGUGGUUGACCAGCUGUUUGGAAUGCAGCCAAUCCGAGUGAAGAAAUAUCCUUAUUUGUGGCUUUGUUACAACGGUGAAAUCUACAACCACAAGAAGAUGCAACACCAUUUUGAAUUUGAAUACCAGACCAAAGUGGAUGGUGAGAUAAUCCUUCAUCUUUACGACAAAGGAGGAAUUGAGCAAACAGUUUGCAUGUUGGAUGGGGUGUUUGCAUUUAUUUUGCUGGAUACUGCCAAUAAGAAAGUGUUCCUGGGCAGAGAUACUUAUGGCGUCAGGCCUUUGUUUAAAGCCAUGACGGAAGAUGGAUUUUUGGCUGUGUGUUCAGAAGCUAAAGGUCUUGUUAACUUGAAGCACUCCACAACUCCUUUUUUAAAAGUGGAGCCUUUUCUCCCAGGACACUAUGAAGUUUUGGAUUUAAAGCCGAAUGGCAAAGUUGCAUCAGUGGAAAUGGUCAAAUAUCAUCACUGUAGAGAUGAGCCCCUGCAUGCGCUCUAUGACAAUGUGGAGAAACUCUUCCCAGGUUUUGAGCUAGAAACUGUGAAGAACAACCUCCGGAUCCUUUUUGACAACGCCAUAAAGAAACGCUUAAUGACAGACAGAAGGAUUGGCUGCCUUUUAUCGGGGGGCUUAGAUUCCAGUUUGGUUGCUGCCACCCUGUUGAAGCAGCUAAAAGAGGCUCAAGUACAGUACCCUCUCCAGACAUUUGCAAUUGGCAUGGAAGACAGUACUGAUUUACUCGCUGCUAGAAAGGUGGCAAAUCACAUUGGAAGUGAACACCAUGAAGUCCUCUUUAAUUCUGAGGAAGGCAUUCAGGUCCUGGAUGAAGUCAUAUUUUCCUUGGAAACUUAUGAUAUUACAACAGUACGUGCUUCAGUAGGUAUGUACUUAGUCUCCAAGUAUAUUCGGAAGAACACAGAUAGUGUGGUGAUCUUCUCUGGAGAAGGUUCAGAUGAGCUUACGCAGGGUUACAUAUAUUUUCACAAGGCUCCUUCUCCUGAAAAAGCCGAGGAGGAGAGCGAGAGGCUUCUGAAGGAACUCUACUUGUUCGACGUUCUCCGGGCAGAUCGCACUACUGCUGCCCACGGCCUUGAAUUGCGUGUCCCUUUCCUGGAUCAUCGAUUUUCUUCCUAUUACUUGUCUCUGCCCCCAGAUAUGAGAACUCCCAAGAAUGGGAUAGAAAAACAUCUCCUGAGAGAGACAUUUGAGGACUCCAAUCUAAUACCUAAAGACAUUCUCUGGCGGCCAAAAGAAGCAUUCAGUGAUGGAAUAACCUCGGUUAAGAAUUCCUGGUUUAGGAUUUUACAGGAAUAUGUUGAACAUCAGGUUGAUGAUACAAUGAUGGCGACUGCAGCCCAAAAAUUUCCCUUCAAUACUCCUAAAACUAAGGAAGGCUAUUACUACCGUCAAAUCUUUGAACGCCACUACCCAGGCCGGGCAGACUGGCUGACCCAUUACUGGAUGCCCAAGUGGAUCAAUGCCACGGACCCUUCUGCCCGCACUCUGGCCCAUUACAAGUCAGCCGCCAAAGCCUAGGCACCAUCUGAGCUAUCCAGUGAAAGGAAACAUUCCUCCUGUGAUGAGUAGGGGGCUUGGGGGCAGGAGGGGGAGCAGUGAGCAUCAACCAUUCCGGCUUGUUGGGCAUGGAAAAAAAUAAAAGUCUUGAAUCUGA